CCCUACCUACAUGGCAUCGCCCUUGUGUAUAUAACUAAGACCUUCAUCCCCUUAGCUCUUAACAACCCCCCAAUUCUAUUCUCGUAACGACAACUCCAAUAUCACCAAAUAUACCAAGUAUAUUUUGGCAAUUUCUAUUUACAUUUGACAGAUACAACCUACAGCGUCAGAUUUAUAAAAGCAUCUUCAAUCUUAGCCUUUUAUAAACUUUAUCUAUCCGCCCAUAUAAAUUCUUAUAAGCUGGACUGCUUCUCAGAAGAAAGUAUUCACCAUUUCACGUCUAUUAAACCGGCCCUGCUUUAAAGAGCUCCUUUUUUCAUACAUAAGACAAUGGCUACUCAAGGAACACCGCCUGUUUCUGGAGUAACUGGCUACGCAGCCCAGAACGAAGAACGCCGGGCACUAUACCUUUCCUAUAUUGAGCAUUGCAAUGCACACAAUUUCAAGGCAAUGGAGUCAUUCUAUACCUCGCCUAUUAACGUCAACGAUGAACCCUGGGCUCCAUCCAAAGUUACGGCGCAGUUCAAGCCUCUGAUUGCCGCAUUCCCCGACUGGCAUUGGGAGAUGAGGAAUCUCACUAUCGAAGGCAACUACCUCGCCCUGCAUCUUAGGGUCACUGGUACCCACCAAGGCACUUUCCAGGGAAUUGAGCCAACUGGUUGCCGCGUGACUGCUUCACAGUUCACUCUUUAUCACCCGGUGGAUGGCAAAUUCGCUGAUGUGUGGGACCUCGUCGAUACCGAUUCGGUGAUAAAGCAGAUUGAGCAGGGUAAAGCAGUGCUGUAAAUAGUUUGAAAUGCUAGAUGGCACCAAUUUAACUAUUAUGCACGUGCUUGCUUGAAAUCGCUAGUGGACGAUUUGGAGGAGGAG